AAUCAUUGUACAGGACACCCCCUUAGUAUUCACAAAAGUUUAACUAAAAAUACUCCGGCUAGCCGGACCCCGUCUCUGCGCUUCAGCGCUUCUCCACCUUCAAUCCUUCUUCGGAUAGUUGGCCCGACUGUCAACUAAUGAUGUUUGGACAGGUUACUAUCGGAUAUAAAUGGCUUAAUCACUGAGUUUUCUUUGUUAAGAUCUUUCCCUUAUCAUCUUUAAAAUCAAGUCCUGAGUAUCUCGGUUCGAAAAGACAGCAACUUUAAAGCGCUCACACUCGACUAUGGCUUCUCCGUCUAUCAACUUGUUUUCUUCGCUCCCCAGGCAACAGAGAGUAAGCAAUGUUUGCCCAUAUAUGAACACCUUACAACUUCAUAAUCAUGGGUGUGUGAGUAAAUGGAUCCUCACCGCGGCAUCUGAGGAAAGAUUUAUAGAAACUUCUAGAGCUAAGAAAAAGUCUAGAGUAGGGACCCCAGAUGAAGAAUCUGUCUCUGCUGAGAAUGGAUUUGGUCCAACUGAAGGUAUCAAGAAAAAAAGAACUCGAAAGAAAAUUAAAGAAUUGGAAACCUCGUCCAUUGAAUCUCAUUCUGCUGAAAAUGGAAACGUCAAGGAUGUGGACAUCCGAGUGAUUUCAGGAUCAAGUGACACCUCCAAGAAGUCAAGGAGAGCUACUCCUCAAAAGAAAGCUACUACUUCUAGUAGAUUAGACAGAGUUGCAACUGAGAAGAAGGUAACUGGAAGGAGGGGAAAUAAGAAGAUUUUGAAUGACUCUGACAAUGAGUGUGCACUAGAGUUGGAUAUAGACAGAGGAGAGGAUAUUAGCUUCACUUAUGGGUGGCCACCUCUCGUUUGUAUCUUUGGUGCAGCGCAGCAAGCAUUUGUGCCUUCGGCGAGGCGGGCUCAUAGACUAGUGGACCAUGAAGACCAUGAAAGGAGGAAAGAUGUCGUUUGGACACCUGAAAAAUUCAUGAGGGCCCCUGGAGGUAGUGCAAGUAAUGUUGCAGUUUCUCUUGCACGCUUAGGUGGAAAAGCUGCCUUCAUGGGAAAGCUCGGGGACGACGAUUUUGGAAAUUCAUUGCUCUAUUAUUUGAAUAUCAGCAAUGUCCAAACCCGAUCAGUAUGCAUUGAUAAUAAAAAACAAACAGCUAUUUCAAAAAUGAAAAUGAUUAAGAGGGGUGGAUUGAAAAUGUCCAAGCUCCUGAAACCAUGUGCCGAGGAUUCCUUAUCAAUGUCUGAGAUUAAUAUUGAUGUGCUGAAAGAGGCAAAACUGUUUUACUUCAGCACCUUUUCCCUGCUUGACCCAAACAUGAGAUCAACUACCCUUAGAGCCAUAAAAAUAUCAAAGCAGUUGGGAAAAAUUGUCUUUUAUGACCUCAACCUUCCUUUGCCACUCUGGAAAUCAUCCAGUGAAGAAACCAAGGCUUUUGUUCAACAAGCUUGGGAACUUGCAGAUAUUAUUGAAGUCACAAAGCAGGAACUUGAAUUCCUGUGUCAGAUUGAUCCAGUUGAAAGGUUUGACACUAAAGAUAAUGACAAAACUAAGUUCACUCAUCAUUUGCCUGAAGUUAUUGCUCCUAUUUGGCAUGAAGGGUUGAAGGUCUUGUUUGUGACUAAUGGCACUUCAAAGAUACAUUAUUAUACUAAAGAGUUCAAUGGGGCUGUUCUUGGAAUGGAGGAUGCACCUCUCACCCCUUAUACAUGUGAUAUGUCUGCAUCUGGAGAUGGCAUUAUUGCAGGUUUAUUAAGAAUGCUGGCAGUUCAACCAGAGUUUAUCACAGACAAAGGCCACAUGGAAAGCACCAUAAAGUAUGCUAUUAACUGUGGAGUGAUUGACCAAUGGUUGCUGGCUCGGAAAUUAGGAUACCCUCCAAAAGAAGGUACCAAAAAUGACGUGGAACCGGAUGAUAAUGGCAUAAGGUCUAUAACAGAAAAAGAAUACAGAACAUUUGUACCUGUACAUUGAUUUGUCUAGAGGGUUCUGUUUUGUACUAUUGUUCUUUCUUUACAGGUCUAUCCAAGUGUGGGAUAUAGGACUGGCAACAGUUUGUAGAAAUUUUCUGCAACCAUUCUUGAAAUAGUAUAAAAUGCUGUUGUAUCAUGUGCAAGCAUGCUUUAUUUGAUUUACUAAAUAAAAUGACCUGGGAUUGUAAC